AUAUAGAUUAAUUAGUAAUAUUUAUUAAAAAUGAAAACGGAAAAUUCUCCUGUCAAAGUUUGCGUUUGCGUGUGUCCACUUACAGAAGAUGAUUCAAAUAAUGGAGUCAACGAAGUUGUUUCUGUAGAUAAUCAGGAAGUUAAAAUUUCUCUCGGAACAGACAAAGGAAUUAAAUCUUACGAAAUGGAUUUUGAACCUUUUUAUUUUGGAAAUCUUCAAGGUGUAAAAAAAUCUUCAUUAAAAGAGGCUUGCAGUUGUUUUGGGUCCAUUGUUAUUGGGAAUACAUUUACUGGCUAUAAUACAUCUAUAUUUACUUAUGGAUCUAAAUCAUCAGGAAAGUCUACUAUUAUUUUUGGUUUGAAAAAUGAAAAAGGUCUUAUUUCUACAAUACUUGAAGGUUUAUUUGAAAAAGCUUCAAACUAUAACGAAGAAACUUCAUUCAGAUGUGAAAUAAGUUUCUUUGAAGUUUGUGAUGAUUUAAUAACAGAUCUUAUUUCAAAAAGAUCAAAUGUUAAAUCAAAUGAAGGUUCAGUUAAGUUAAAAGUUCGAGAAGAUCCAGUGAAAGGUCCAUACAUAGAGAAAUUAAGUCGUCAUAUUGUUACUGAUGUAGGCGAAGCACAAAACUUGUUCUCCAGAGGUUUAAAAAGCAGGAAUCGUAUGGCUGCAUUAGAUCCUAGUUCAAAAAAGACUUCUUCUACUAUUUUUAGUAUCACAUUUAUAACGGCUUCCUUAAAAGAUGGUCUUCCGAUGGAAUUAAUUAGCAGAACAAAUAUUAUUGAUGUUGCAAGCGAGGAUGGUUAUCCAAAAUAUACAAAUGGAUUUAAUUCAAAUAUAUUUGGAGAGAAUGAAGCUGAAGAUGAAAAACAAGGACCUUUAGAAACACUGAACGAAGUUAUUAACAAAUUAGCUUCUUAUAAUAUUAAUCCAAUUAAAAGCUAUACAAAUAUGAGUCAAUGUGAGCAGAAGAUUCCUUAUAGAGAUUCAAAUUUAACAUGGUUAAUGAAAGAUGCACUUGGUGGAAAUAGUAAAACAAUUAUGAUUUGCUGCUUGUAUCCGAGUGAAAAGAAUUUACGCGAAACUUUAAACACUUUAAAGUAUGGUAACCUUGCACGUCAUAUUCAAAACAAGCCACAGGUCAAUGAGGAUCAAAAUGUGAAAUUGAUUCGUGAGCUUAAAGAUGAAAUUGAGGCACUGAAAGUUGACAAAAAUGGAGGUAAGAAGAAUCUACAUAAGUUACAGCGAGACCAAGAAUUAAUGAAUAGGUUAACUGGGAUUUGGGAGACAAAAUGGAGUAAAGCUCAGCAAAUGAUUGAGGAUAAAUCUCUUGAUGUCAAAGAUCUUGGUGGGAAAGGUUUAAAACUUGAGACAAAGGAACCCCAUUUUGUUAGUUUAGGGGGAGGCAGAUUAAGUGUAGGAGUCAGCAUUAUUCCAAUAGCUAAAGGUUUUACUCGCGUAGGUAGUGGUGGUGAUAACUCAGAAGUUGAUUUGUUGAUAAGAGGUAAAGGUAUUGCAAGUGUUCAUUGUCUUAUUGAAUACGAUGGUGAGGUGGUAGUCCUUCAUCCUAAAAAUGUUUUGGUGUCUGUAGAUGGGAUGCCAUUAUCAGAACCUACCAGGUUGCCUCAGGGUUGUAUGGUUUGCAUUGGUCAAAAUAAUUAUUUUCGUUUUAACCAUCCUCGUGAAGCAACCAAAAUUAAAGAAAUGUACAGUAAUAGCAGGUUCUCCAUUGUUCCAGAUGACAUUUAUCCAGAUGUACAAUUAGCAAUAGAGCAGAGAAAAAUAGAGAUUCAAGAAAAAGAACGGUUGCAAACUGAAAAUAAACGGCUGCUUGCCUUAGAACAACAAUACAUGGAAUCACUAGAUCGUCUUACUCUUGAGAAAGAUCAACUUGAACAUGAAAAAAAAAAGUUGCAAGUUCUUCAACAACAGCAACAAACUAUUGCUAAUCAGUUAGACGUAAAAAUGACAAUUCAAAUUGAGGAAUUAAAAAUGCAAAAGGAAGAGCUGCAAAGUUUUCAUAUUAAAAAUGAAAAAAUUCGAGCAAAGGAAAGAGAAAUUGAAAUGGCUGCAUUAAAGUUGGAAGAGGAACAAAAUUUGAAGGAACAGCAAAUGAAAAUUGAGCGUGAAGCCUUAUUAAAUCAGCAGGCAACUUUAGAUAAAUUAGAAGAACUCUCAACCGUUAAAAAAUCCUCGUCGUGUCUUCCUAUUGAAUCAUUAGAGGAUGAGAAACGUCGCUUAGCACUCUUAGAAUUGGAUAUUUUGACAGAAGAUCUUGAAUACCAUGAUCAAUUUCAAAAGCAAAAAGAAGAAAUUCAAAAUCAAAAACAGAAACUUGAGGAAAUGGAAAACCAACAUAGAUAUCUUAUUGAUAGUUUAACGUCCGAAAUAUGCAGGCUUCAGAAAGAAAGAGAUGCUGAAUUGGAGAAGAUAAAAAAAGAGAAGGAGCGACUACAAGUUCUUGAAAAAGACCAGAGUCAAGCAUUACUUACAAUAGAACAGGAAAGAAAUAAACUGAUUGAAGCAAGAGACAAAGAAAAGGUCAAGUUUGAUAUUGAACGGGAACAGUUAGAGAAAAGUGAAAUUAAGCGGUUGAGUAAUUUGCAAAAGACAGUGGAAGAUCAACAACGCGAGCGUGAUAUGAUAAUUCGUGAAAAAAUGAAGCUUGCCGAUCUUGAAGAUGCUCAUAAACGCGCCUUAGACGAGCUACAGCAAGAUAUAAUAUCACAACAAGAAAAGCAUGAUCGAGAAAGAAAGCUUGAGUUAGAAUACAUAGAAGCAGAACAACUAAUGUUAGAAGAAUUAGAACAAAAACAGUUUGAAUCAGUAAGGCAAAUAGAACACGAGACCCAAAUAAUUCGUGAUCAAAUAGACAGAGAAAAACUAGAAGAACAGGCACGUUUAAAAGCUACCGAACGUUAUAUUGCAGAAAUUAAAAAAAGACAAGAAAUAACAUUACGGCAAGCUGAGGAAGAGAGAGAAAAAGUUAAACAAAAACGUGAAGAAGAGCAAAUUCAGUUGCAGCAUGAACGUGACAAACUUGCUCAAAUUGAAUUAGAGUAUCAAGAAGUAUCUCAAAAACUUCGAGAGGAACAAGAAAAAUGGCGCUUGCAAUUUGUAAAAGAAAAGGAAGAAAUUGUCAAAGUUCAAAAUGAAUAUGAAGCACAAAUGGCUGCUCCAAAAUCCGCAUUAAAUUCUUUAAAUCACGAUAUACAAAAUUUUCAACCUGAUUGGAUGUCGAGACAGAUUGAAGAAGAAAGGUUACGUUUGUCUGAACUAAAACGGGUAGCUGCUGAAAAAGCAGAAACAGAAUGGAAAGAGGAAAAUAAAAACAUCUACUUUCAUGAAGAUAUCGACAGAAGAAAAAAAGGCUUGGAAACUUUAAAAUCGGAAUUUAAGCAUAAAAGUGAAAUACAAACGAUGUCUAUCCUUGCAGAGAUGGAGGAAAUAGAGAAGCAAGAAACAUUAUUAAAGCAACGCGAACAAGAGUUGAAAAAUUUAAAGAUAGAACGUGAACGUCGCGAAGAACUCGAAAAGAUGCUCUUAAACGAAAAGCAAAAUGAAAUGCUCCUUGAAAAAUCACUUUUAGAAGAAAAAGUGCGAUUAACAACUUUAGAAAAAAGUUUCGCUGAAGAACGAUCUAAACGUGUUGAAGUAGAACGCCGACUACAAGAAGAAGAAGAGAGAAACAAAAACUUGAAUCUCGAUCGAAAAAAGUUAGAUAUACCAAGUAACACGCCAAUGCAAGAAAAUAAUGGCACCCUAAAAAGACGCCUUCCAUCUUAUACACUUUCAGUGAGGUCCGGUCAAUUGGGGAACGACCAAGAGUUAAACCUAUUGCAAUAUUUGACAGAUGCUGGUCAUUCUAUUGAAAAUUCUUUGGAUGUCCGUAUUAACAGGUAUUCGUGUCGUGGUUAUUUGUUAAAAAUGGGACACCGUUUUAACAUAUCUUGGAAAAAGCGUUGGUUCGUUUUCGACCGCAAAUUGAGAGCUUUGUGUUAUUACCAAGAUGAAUGGAAAACAAAAUCCAAAGGAAUUCUUUAUUUUCAAUCGAUUCAAGAAGUUUAUGUAGAUAACGGUGUCAAACGUAGUCCGAAUCCAAAAACUACUUUUUGCAUUCGCACUCCUCAGAGAACUUAUGUUUUAAAUGCUUCUACGCCAAUUGUUAUGAGCAUUUGGAUUGACGUCAUUAUUACAGGAAGAGAAGGCGGACUCAUGUCCAUGACACUUUGAGUUUGGUCCAAAUUUUUUAUAGGUAAAUGCCAUGUUAAUCUAUUAAAAUUUAAUUAAAAACGACUCAAUCUCCGAUUAAAAAUUACAUCGUCAAGAUUAAUGCUCUUGCAUUUAUUAACAACAGUAACUACAACAACAGUAACUACAACAACAGUAACUACAAAUUGAGAUUAUCGCAUUUUUUUUAAUCAGCAACCCCAUCAGAUUAUGUAUUUAUCAGUUUUGGUGAAAGCAAAUGUGAUAAAAAUUUAUCAGUUUUGGUGAAAGCAAUUGCGAUAAAAAUUUAUCGCAUAAAAUACGUUUUAAUGAUAAAUAUUUAUACUAUUGAUUUACCCUUAGAAUUCAGAAUUAUUUAAAAAGAAAAACUAUUUGUAGAAACAAUGACAAAAUAUUUUUAAGCUCUCGCUUUUUGUGAUUAUAGAAACGUUCUGUUAUUUUCAUUAAUAAAUCAAUAGUAAACCAGUUACGGAUUUUCAUUUAUGAACCAAUAGUAAACCAAUAAAGGAUUUUUUUUUGUGUAUAUUCUUAACUUCAUAGGGAAGUUGACUCCUGCUGACUUUUUAUCGACUAUAUUUAUUUAAUUUUUAUACUAUAAUUUUUAUAAUGUUUUUUUUUAUUGCCCAUAUAUAUAUAUAUAUACAUAUAUAAAUGAUAUAUAAACGCAGAUGUUAAAAUUAUGAUGAAGAAUGUUUAAAAUAUUUUUGUUAAUAAAAA